GAUAGCGGCUGCGGGAGGGGAAACAAACGCGCCUUACGACGGGGGAACGUCUGCCUGUAUCGACCGUUGGACUUAUCGUUAGAAGCCGGCACCGCACCGGGCAGUAUUAGCGACAGAGUGGCGUCAAGGCAUUGCACUUCAUAGAAUCGUAGAAUUGAAAAGGACCGCAAUGAUCAUCUAGUUCCAACCCCCUGCUACGUGCAGGGUCGCCAACCAGCAGACCAGGCUGCUCGGAGCCGCAUCCAGCCUGAACUGGCUGACAGAGCAAUCUUAGGGACAAAAGGGGUGAUUUUAAAAGAUAAAGGCUGUUGGAGGAGGUAAGAGAACUCCCCAUCCAAAGGACCGACAGCGGACCGACACUGCACAAGAAGGACACCAGGUGACAUCAAAGACUGCCAAAUAAGGCUGUAUCUGCUGGGCAGUCAUUGGGGGUGGAAAGGAUAAUGACUUUGAGGGUGUAAUGAAUAUGUAAAACAUAUGAAAAUAUGACCUGUUCUCAAACAAUUAACCGAGGAAAAGUUUUUUGGGGGUUAACCCAAUGCUACCCCAGCGCUGCCUGUCAGAAUACCUGCCAAGAAUAAAACUUCUGCUGUGAGGUCUCUCCACAUCCAUUUCUUCAAUUCAAGAUGCAGGCUGUUACUGUGUUGGCUUCUGCUCAGGAAGGCUGAGCCUUCAGCUCUGUCAGUGCCAUGAUGUAGUGGUUGGAGCUGAUGAUUUGCCUGGUUUUCCCAUCGCUUUACUCACAGAGAGCUGCAUCCGAAGCUUUGUCUUCAAUGUGGAGUUCACGCGUGGCUGCUCCAUGCAGCGCUGUUCUGAUGCUGGCUCACAGUGCUGACACCACAGCUAGGCAUCGGUAACGAUGCGAUCCAGGACAACUGUCAGCAUCAGACUUUAUCAUUUCAGUAGCAGUGACAGACUUCAUCUUUCUGCUCCUGUAUGAGCAUCAGUGGGACCCACCUGGCACAGACUGCAAUCUUCCAGCAUUGCCACCACUGUUUCCGAUGCAUGUUCUGCUCAGUCCUGCUCACGAUGCUCUCAUUCUCACAGAUGAGGCACUCCUCAUUUUGCGGUGUGACAGCUGUGCACGGCCAUCUGGAACGUGCCUUGUCCUCACCACUGCUGAAACGCACCACAGACUGCACCAGAUGGGCUGCCCUUUCUCCUGAUGAGGUUUGACACCAGCCCUGGCUGCGGGGUGGAGUUGGACCACCACGGAGGGGCCCUUCUCCUUCAGCACAGCGCCGUGCUGCAAGCUGUGGGAGAACUCCCAGGUCUCGUUAGGCAUCUGCAGGCUGUUAGAAUUUAAGCAAUUACAACCAUCCAUAAGGAGGAUCAGACUGCUGUGCUGUAGGGAGACCCGAUCUGAUCUCAGCAGCUUCUGCAUCGCAUCUCCACAUCUGGAAGCACUGCAGCAGGCGGCCCCUGUGGCAUCAAAGUGUCCAAAUGAACCCAGCGCGCAGCCACAGCGCUGCAUGGGCAGCUGGAUGCUGCGUGCCUCCCGGGGCCGAGGAAGCCCUCGAGGUUGAUCUGUGCCUGCUGGGAAGAAGGACCGGGGUCCCUUUGUGUGUCAGCAGUGCCACAGACCGUCCCGUCCCUUGCCUGGAGUCGCUCAGGGCUGGGUGGCACAGCCCAUGGCACUGGGAGGUGGGAGGGCGGCAGCGGUGCUGGGUGAGCCGUGGAGCCGCACCGUGCCGCAAGAGCUGGGCGAGGUGGUAAUUAGCAGUGGAGAGCAGGAGCUUUCUGACAGAUGAAAGCUCUCUGCUGCCACAUGUAGCUCCAAACCUGCCCGUGGCAGAGCCCUGCUGCCUCACAGCUUGUGUCCUUGUGCUGCUCUGUGCCUUUUGCAGAGCCCUGCGGCCGGGCAGCUGCUGCACAAACACAAGAACUUUUCCUGCUGGGUGCUGCCUUUCCAGUUGCUCAUCUGACACGAUCCAAGAGUGCACCCAGUGCCAGCAGCACCACCUGGUACCUGUGCUGAGAGAGCCUCCCGUGUGCAGAUCCCUGGACAGAAAGUUGCAGAGGCCACUCCUGGGGAAGUCCCGGACGCUGCCCAGCAUCCCGCAGUCCCCAGUGCUGAGCAGGAUUCCCCUCCUCGACUCUGCAGCGUUCCGGGAGGCGAUGCCGGAGCAGAAGCCCUACCAGAAGCACUCAGCCCCCGAUGGCCAGAAGGGCUGCACGGUCCCAUCUGCUGGGGACGCCUGGCGGCUGGAGGACGAUGGCAUGGACCCCUCCGGUGAUGCCCCGCUGCAGCCGCAGCUCCGCACAGCGGUGGAGGACGCCCCGUUCAGCCACUUUCGGAUGCGCUCCUUCUACAUGCGGAAGAGCCUCUCUGUUGACAACCACUUGGGCUCGCUGGGCUACGCCGUGCAUCCCGCUGAGACCAAGGCUGAGCGUGUCCGGACCCGGCUGCGGCGGCAGUUUAGCCUGGGGUCAGCAGACAAGAAGGACUUCUACCAGUCCAAGUCGGAAAGCAGCCUCUCUAGGUUUGCCCACCGCUUGUCGGUGAAGCAGAAGCAGGAGAAGAGAAGGAAAGCUGAGUAUGGCUCGGCCGAGCUGUCUGCCUUCCGGCCCAGGUCUCUGAGCAUUGAAUGGUCAUCGUCCCCUAAAAUGACGCAGCAGAUGCGGGACCUGCAGCUGGCACAGGCCAGGAAGCCGCCGGGCCCAUCCUCACCAAACGCGGCCAAAAGGCUGUACCGAAACCUCUCGGGGAAGUUCCGUGUCAACUACACAUCCUUCGAUGAGGGCAGCCUGGCGGGACGGGGCGAGAAGGAGAAGCCCCGCAAGUCCUACCUGUUUCAGAGCAAUGCUGCUCUCUUUGAGGCCGUGGAGCUUCAGGACCUGGACAGGGUGCAGGAGCUGCUGAAGCAGUACAGCCCUGAGGAGCUGGAUCUCAACACCCCCAACAGCGAGGGGCUGCUGCCCCUGGACAUCGCCAUCAUGACCAACAACACACCCAUCGCCAGGGCUCUGCUGCAGGCGGGAGCGAAGGAGAGCCCGCACUUCGUCAGCCUGGAGAGCCGCUCGCUGCACCUCUCCACGCUGGUGCGGGAAGCGGAGCAGCGCGUCAAUGAGCUGACGGCUCAGGUGGUGAACGAGGCUCCCAACGCCGACUGCUCGGAGAAGGAGAAGCAGCUGAAGUCCUGGGAGUGGCGGUUCCGGCUGUACAAGCGCAUGAAGGCAGGGUUUGAGCACGCCCGAGUGCCAGACCCUCCUGCUAACGUCCACCUUUCGGUGGCCAGCAGCUCCUCAGUGCAGGUGACCUUCUGUGAGCCCCUCAGUGUCAACUCGGCCGUCGUCACCAAGUACAAGGUGGAGUGGAGCUGCUCCCCCUCCUUCUCACCGCUGGUUGGGGAGGCCGUGGUGGACAAGCUGAAGAGCCUGCACUACACUAUCCGUGGGCUGACCUCGGGCACAGCUUACUAUGUCCAGGUGUCUGCCUACAACAUGAAGGGCUGGGGACCCCCACAAACCUCGGUGCCCCCAUUUGCCAUCCCUUCCAACUGGCGGGAGUAUGAUGGCCGGGCUCCACGACGGAGAGGCCAGGCUGAAGCUCUGGACCAUUUGCUGGGCCAGGUGAAGACCGUCCACCAGCACUGCAUUUGCCACGAGCCCUGCAAGAACCAGCCCCAGAGCAGGAAGCACUCGGUCUCCAGGAGCCUCAAGCACCUCUUCCACCCUGGCAGCAAGUUCCUCAAGACACUGAAGCGGGGCCUCUACCUAACAGCCAUCUUCUACAAGGACGACAACAUCCUGGUGACCCACGAAGACCAGAUACCGGUGGUGGAGAUCGAUGACACCUACUCCUGCCUGCUCAUGCAGGACUUUCUGUGGUUCACCAAGGUGUCGUGCAUGUGGGACGAGAUCCUGUGGCUGCGGCAGUGCGUCACCGUCUCCCAGUCGUCCUGCUCCUGCAUCCUACAGACACGCUUCAAGAUGCUGCUGGCCAUCUCGCAAAUGCAGGGGCUGCUGGGCAUCCAGGACUUGGGGCAAGUCUUCUUUGAGCCCAUCAAAGACAAGCAGGGUAACAUCCUCAUCCUCACCCUGAAGGAGGUGAAGACCAACCAGACCUUUGAGAGCGUGCGCUGGGUGCCCAUCUGCAAGCUGCAGACGAGCCGCAAGUCCGUGUCCUCCCCGGAGGAGCCCACUGCCCUGGACACACUGCUCAUCUCCGUGCAGGACAAGCUGGCUUACCACCAGCGGAGCAGCCAUGCCCUUCCUCCGGGCCUCUACUUGGGCUACCUGAAGCUCUGCAGUGCUGUGGACCAGAUCCGGGUGCUCGUGCCAGAGCAGCUCCCCAACAUCCUGUGCCAUGUGAAGAUCCGCUCCAACCCCAACAUCUCCAGGGAGGAGUGGGAAUGGCUGCAGAAGAUGGCCAGCAUGGAGGAACCCGUUUCUGUGGAAUCCGAGAAUGAGACAUCACCAAACCACUUGUUUCAGGAGCUCCAGGUGGCCAUCAGGGAGCUGAUGGCCCUGGUCAACAUCCCAUUGCAAGAGGCGAAAGAUUUCCGUCUGUACAGCCAAGAGGUGCUAGACUUUGGGGGUCAGGUCUCCUUCCUGCUGCUGCUGCCUCCCUCAGACGACGUCUGCACGGCACCAGGCCAGAACAACCCCUACACUCCACAGUCUGGCUUCCUCACACUGCCACUGCAGAUAUUUGAGCUGGUGCACUUCUUCACAUACGACCGGGAGUUCAUCACGCAGUACUGCCAGGUGUCCGCCCUCCUGGAGCUGGAGUCCCUCCUCUCUCAGCAGAGCCUCAGGGAAGCCUUCUCCGACAGCGAGCUUUCCACCGCCAAGCAGCGGCACCAGCAGGUUCAGGAGUACAUCCAGCAAAUGGAGGAGAUCUGGCGUGAGAUGCGCUGGAUGAUGGAUGCCCUGCAGCAUGCCCGCUACAAGCAGCCCUCCUGCGGCCUGUCCCUCAACGGCUUCCUCAGCACCUCCAGCGGAGCCAUGAAGGAGAAAACCCACUCCUCCUCAUCCCACCUCGACUUCCUUCCCUCCCCAGCACCCUCACCAGACAGCAGCCGUAAGCUCAGCUCCGACCUGCACGGGCUCUCGGAUGAGGAGGGCUCCUCCGAGGUGUUCCUGGCCACUGACAGCGACUACGACUCCAGCAGGGCGCAGAGCCCCAAGGAGCUCGACCUGGUGUCCUUGGGGCCCGAGUGCUGUGGGCGGCGGGCGGCACGCAGCCUGCGGGACAGUGCCCCUGAUGUCCUGCAGAGCCACGAGCUGCAGCCCGCACCACUGGCCCCGCCGGAGCCCCGGCCGCCCCCAGAGCUCUACGACAGCGACUUCGUGCUGCCCAGCCGGCAGAUCGAGCUGCUGCGCGUCACGGAGAAGCGGCAGGCCUACUGCGUGCGGACCAACAGCCUGGACUUCCCCAAGCCGCUCUGCCCGGUGGCCAGGAAGUCAUGUCCCGGUUCCGUCGACAGCUCCCCGACGGAGAGCAGGACCGGCGGGCACGGCGCUCAGGGCAGGCCAGGGACUGGCUCCACGCACAGCCCCGAGCACGGCCGCACGCGCUCGGCCGAGUGGACUCCGAGCUUCCAGGAACCUCCAGAGCAACCCGCUGGGAAGAAGCCGGGCUCUGUCACCUUGCGGGUCUGCCCUCAGUACGAAACCGGACUCUCCAAAGAGACCAGUGUCAAGCUACACGUCACCAGCCAGACGUCGGCCAGCGAGGUGGUGAAGCUGGUGGUGCUGCAGAUGAACGACGUCUCCCACGGCGCGCUGGGUGGCUUGGCCGCCUUCUGCUACGGCGAGGAACAGCUGGAGCACUUCGGACUGGUGUUUGCCUCCGAGGAGGGCGAGAGGUGGCUGCCCGAUGAAGCGCGGCCGCUGGCCCUGCAGGCUGCCCGGCCCGAGGGACGCUUCUAUGUCCGCAUUAAGGAGACGUCGCCGCUGGUGCUGCAGUUCGGGCCGGCAACCACCGUAUGAGCACAGCCCACGGCAGACGGCGCGUCUCCGAUGCUUCCUUCUUCCACAGACACCCUCCCAUCAGGCGGCCGCGGGGUGGAAUGGGAUCAUACUGGGCUGUGUGUUUCUUGUUGGUGUUUCUUUCUUUUUUCCUUUCUUUUUUUUUUUUUUAACCUAAAGAGACAUCGAGACUCGGUUGUUCUGACUGCAGAAGGGGAGGGUGGAGCGCGAAGACCUCAGAGCUUGGGAGGAAUCUUUGCAGGAAUGGAAUUUUUGAAAGCAAACAUUUUUAAGGGGAAGGCUGGGAGGGGGGUGGAAAAAGAGAGGACAAAAUAUUAUGAGAAGAAGCAGCAAUACUCUUUUUUUAAUUAUUUUUCCUCUUCUUUUUCUUCUUUUUUUUUUCUGGACAUCCUUGUCCAGGGUUGGCAGAAGGAAGACCAGCAGGAUGCUGCUGGUGGAGGCUGUGGUGUUGGUGCACAAGAACGGCACUGGGAUGGGAGUUUAUCUCCUACCCGUCCUCAUCGCUCUGCACCCAGAGAACAGCUCUUGCACACCCUUCUCAGAACAAAAUGCUUUUGCUUUUUUUUUUUCCUUGAAACAAACAAAAAAAACCUGUGCUAGAGACACUGGAGUUGUGUAGGAGGUGUGGACACUUUUAUUGUUGUAGAGGCCGAAGGAAGGCAUGCCGACAGCCCACACACGUGUAUGGAGCUGUGCCCACACCACCACGCUGGGUUUGCUAUGGGGCACGGCUGCAGCACGCCCAGCACCGCCGCGGGACUGCCUUUCCUCCUCGGUUGCCGUUCUGUCCUGGUGAUUGUGAGUGGCCUCUUGUAUGUCCUACAGCAUGACACUUAGCACCUAGGUCUCUUGUUCCCAAGGUUAUUUUUCUGAUCUCCUGUGGUCCAUAGUAAAGGUGACUGCUGCUGACCGUG